CCACCGAGGAGUUUGUAUCGUAACACAUGCAACUUCCGGCUGUUGUUUUGGCCGGCUGUUUGAAAUGAGAUCUCUGGUUAAAUAAAGAAAGAGAUAAAUGCUUAAAUGGCAGGUUUAUUAAAUGUUUAUACAAGCUGCGGAACAAGUAGAGUCUUCUAGAUUGUUCUACUGGAUUAACCUCACUCCUCCCACCGUACUAUGUUCAAAAAGAUGACUGAAUUUGGUCCAGAUUCCGGGGGGAGAGUUAAGGGAGUAACAAUUGUGAAGCCCAUCGUGUUCGGCAACGUCGCUCGCUACUUUGGGAAAAAGAGAGAGGAGGAUGGCCACACACAUCAGUGGUCUGUCUAUGUGAAGCCUUACAGAAAUGAGGAUAUGUCAGCCUAUGUGAAGAAAAUCCAGUUCAAGCUGCAUGAGAGUUAUGGUAACCCACUGAGAGUGGUAACCAAGCCUCCCUAUGAGAUCACAGAGACAGGCUGGGGCGAGUUUGAGAUCAUCAUCAAGAUCUUCUUCAUUGACCCUAAUGAGAGACCUGUGACUCUGUACCAUCUGUUGAAGCUGUUCCAGUCUGACUCCAGUGCCAUGCCUAAGAAGACAGUUGUGUCGGAAUUCUAUGAUGAAAUGAUCUUCCAGGAUCCUACAGCCAUGAUGCAGCAGCUCCUGACAACGUCGAGACAGCUCACACUGGGCGCGUACAAGCAUGAGACGGAGUUUGGUGAGCAGGAGCAGAGGACCAAGGAGAAAAUGGAAGCAGCAAAGAAGAGAACCAGUCAGGAGAUCACAGAGCUGAAAGACAAGCUAAAAGCCAGCAGAGAAAACAUCAACCACCUCAAAGCAGAGAUCAGGAAACUUGAGGAGGAUGGAGACCACAAGGAGCACUAAGAAAUGGACAUGGACUACAACCAGAACACACAAAAAGGCAGGAUUGUCCAGCAGUGAUCAAUCUAUAGUUUUGUUGUUCCUGAUUAUAAUUGCAAAAACAAGGCCUUGUUGUGAUAAAUACAAAAUGCUCUGUCAUUUCCAUGUUUAUUUUCUGCAGAAUUAGCCUUGUUCAGUCAUUUGAUAUAAAUGCUCCUCUUUAAAAAAGUUUUGCCCACUGUUAACAGUGAAGCAUCACUACAGAAAUGAUAUUCCUGUGAACAGUUUUGUAAAUGUAUAGCUCAGUUCUUAUAGUUUUGUUGUUUUCUUUUGUUUUUUAUUUUUAUUUUAAUUAUUGUACGUUUUUUUACAUAAAAACAAUGUGUGAAAUAAUUUCCCACGUCUUCAUUUCUUGUAACAACUGGUGUUUGAUGUAGACGGUCAAUGAAAAUAUUGUGUAAAACUUUCAUAUUUUAUUUUCAGCACACUGUGAUGUCAGUGGUAGAAAACUUUAA